AUGCCAGUCUUUGUAGUUUCAUGCCAAAUGAGCGACCAGUGCCAAGAACAUAAGCCAACAGCCUUAAAGAACGUCCACGAUCAACUUGUUCCUACUUUGGCGAAUUUCAAGCUUUUGGAUUUGAGUUCGAAAACUAAGCAAACGCAGAAUAUGGGAUUGUUAACAACACUCCAGGCAUUAGUAUACAGACACUUGCCAGAAACAUGGACUACCUCGACCAAUGUCACUUUAAAGCAUAAAUCACAUCUUGAUUCGUGUGAUAAAGUAGUGCCAGAAUCUUCCAAUCCAUCUAAUGCUGCAACACUGUUGGACACAGCUGUUGGUCGCAUACCCACAUGGUCUUGGUCAACGACCAAGUCGCUAGUUCCAAAUGGUGCCAUUCAAAAAGAUGGCUUUUCCGAUACGAGCCAUCAUAGCACUGGACAUCACUAUGGCAAUGAUGCAUUACCGUCGAUAAAUACACCUGAAUCUGAAUCAACCUCUUCAUUGCCUAAUACAAUGCUGGAAUCUAAUCACUACGAACAGGACAAGAUUUCCAACCAACUUGAUACAGGCCAUCAGGACCAUUUUCAAUCCAACAGGAAUUAUCAGUGCCCAAAAACACUUUCAACUCAUAACCCUCAUCAGCAUUAUUCCUCAUUUCAGCAACAUCGAGAAUCUGCAUGGUCAUCUCCGUUUGCAUUUGCUUAUCAGCUGGCAUGUGGCUGGUUCAUUACAGUCGCAGUUGCUUCUACUCUUAUCUCUUUACCAAUCUCUGCUGUCAGUCUUCCUUUCUUCCUAUUUUUUGGUCUUUCAACAGCCGUUAUUGCCGUCAUUAUAUCCUUGAUUGUGCGUUUAUGGGUCCGGUUUUUGAUAGACUCUUUACAAGCUAUUCGAAACUUAUUGUUCUCACCAAAUAGUCUUCUUUCAUAUGCAUCUGAUGCGUUUAAUCGAGCGUUUAGUAAAUUGAUGAACUUUCCACAAACAUUUAGCCCAUUAAGCUUGACGAAUGUGCCUGCCAAGAAUGGUGUAUAUCAACAGCAGUCUCUGAGAUCUGAUGAGCAAUCGAUAUAUCCGUCAAACCGUUCAAGAUUGAAUCACUCUUCAUCUAUAUUAUCAGAGCGCGCCAGCCAAUGUUCUUUAGAUGAAUCGUACGGAAAACAGAUUGAGCCUACGUUUUUAGCUCCCGAUCUUUUGACUAGAAAUCUACAUACACUAUCGUCCAAUCCUAACCUUGUGUCUAUUGAAUCGAAUGGCAGCGGUUAUGGUGAGUCAAAUACGCACAACGAAAACAAGAAUUAUUGGGAUUCUGCACAUGGAAAUCAAAGUGAACACAGUCUGAUUGCAAGCGACAUCAGCAAAGACCAUAUACAUGGCCGUGUUGAUGCUAAAGAUCUAAUUGAUGGUUUUUAUGAUGCUAAAUUGAACGACAAAUCUGAAUCAACACCACAAUUCCCAGUUGAUAGAGUUCGUCCUCUGCUUGGAAAUAUCACAGUGCGGCUGUUGACUGAAGAUGACAAAGAUCGCAUAGAAUUGUGUCGCUUGCUAUACUCUGUAACAACCAAUGUCCCAGUUGAUGAUUUAUUUCUCACAGUAGGGAACACCCCAGAUGGAAACACGCACAGUAUCCUUAGUAUUUGGAAUGAGGAUAUCCCAGAUGAUGAAUGCACUGACCAGCUCUCUUUAUAUAAUUUAAUUGGAUUUGCAGAUGCAAGUAUUUAUCGAUAUUUUUCAAGAUCGCAUGAUGAUGUUGCUUUGAGCAUAUCUAUUGAUCGACUAAUCAUUUCCAACACAUAUACCGACAUGGGAUUUAGUAAGCGUCUUUUAAGAAAGCUACAAUACACUCCUUGCAUUCAUACUAUUCAUGUGUGGAGUCUGUGGCAUACCGUGGAAUUUUACAAGGGGCUAGGGUUUAUUAACGUAUAUGAGGAAUGCCUUCCAGAGCAGCCAAUUGAAUUAUCGCACCAACAUAGACUAACUCGAAAACGUAGCAAGCUUCGACGUGUCGAGGGAAAAUGGGGCCCGCUGCUUUGCUGGAAAAAGCAUGAUCCAACCUUGAAUCAGCCAGGACUACAUUCGUUUAAUAGUAUGGUUAGUUUGGCAGGCGGAGUCGGCGCAAAAUCUGACUAG